GGAUAAACCAAAAGAACAGUUUGAUGUACAUUUUUGUAUCCUUGUCUCAAAGUCCAGAGGUUCUGUCCUGCAGAAACACACUUAUUGCGCACUGAAGACUCAGUAAGUCACGCACAUGUUAAAAAUGAAGUCCACGUUUUUCUUCUUUUUCACCAUUUGGUUUGCAGAUGCAGAGCUAAAACCCCGGAAAGGGUCCGGGGUGGUAUGUACUUUCAAAGACAAGACAUACAGCCCAGGAGACAGCUGGCAUCCCUACCUAGAGCCCUUCGGGUACAUGUUCUGUAUGCGCUGUGUCUGCACAGAGACAGGUCAUGUGAAAUGUAACACAAUCAAGUGUCCUGCUCUGCCAUGUGAACACCCAGUAGCUGAGCCUCGCCAGUGUUGUCCAAGAUGCACAGAUGAGCCCAGGAUCCCUGCAGGGCUGCGAGCUUCAGUGAAAUCCUGCAGGUAUAAUGGAAGUAUUUAUCAGCCAGGGGAGACCUUCACAAAGCUCGACCUCUUCCCCUCCAAGCAAAGCAAUCAAUGUGUUAUGUGCACAUGCUCUAAUGGAAACAUUUUCUGUGCUCUGAAAACAUGCCAACCCAUCACCUGUUCCUCACCAGUCUCUGUCCCAGAUACCUGCUGUUUGGUGUGUAAAGAUCAUGGCACCAGUGGGUCCUCAUCAACUGAGGAUGGAAACCAGCAACUGAACAGAGGCGUUAGGCAUUCAGUUGACCAGUGUUCUGGAGAGCAGAGCAGGGUGCGGUCCGACCGUGCCACUUCACCCAGAGUCAGGACUUCUCCCAGAGGCCUGAGCCUCAGUAAACUCAACCUCAAAGGGGCUUCAGAGACCACCGUGAAGAUUUUGUUGCAGAGAAAACACCAAAGAGCGUGCUUAUACAAUGGCAAGACGUACUCUCAUGGAGACCUUUGGCACCCAGUUUUGGGUAAGGUCCUGGAGUGCAUCCUGUGCACUUGUACUGAUGGCCUCCAGGACUGUAAACGCAUCACGUGUCCCAGCCAGUACCCGUGCCCACAUCCUAUGAAAUCAGCGGGAAAGUGCUGCAAGACUUGUGCAGAAAGUAAAGCUGAACGUAACCAGACCCAGUGUUAUCUCGGAUAUAAAAAUAACCUCUUGGUGUAUAAAGUAAACUCACCCAACACUGUUAGGAUCAUGGCUGUUGAAAGACAAAGUACUGCUGAGGUUGAAGUGCAAGUAUGGAAGACUGUCGAAGGUGUGUUACAAUUAAUGGAAAUUGGUUACGUUCAAAGAAAAGACAUUGUGGAUCAUCCAGAAAAUUACACAUUACUUACAACACUUGAUGAAGGGACAUGGAGAAAAUUUAAAGAGGAGAGAGAAAAUCUGAGCACAGCUCCUCAGACCACACUGUGUGAAGAUGGCAUACGAGAGAUGGUCGCCUUUCUAAAUCCCAAGCUGAUAGAAGACCUGUGUUCACCCUGAUGGUUUUUGCUGCCUUGACUCUCUUUUUACAACGAUAUUCCCAAUAACAUACAGUACAUACUUUAUUCAUUUAUGCAUGUUGCACUUGGGUCUCCUGUCAUUCCUGUAAUACAAGUGGAAUUACUCAUUUAUAAUAUUGUUUAUUGACUGAUACAUUGUUGUCAGUCAUGUUUUAAUCAUCACAUAUUUUUAUGUAAAUUAUUAGGUUACAAAACACAGGCUAUAAUAGUGUUUUAUAACUGUCAUGUCAACCUCAGUAUCCAGUUAAUAACUUAGGGGUUACAACUUUGUUGACUCAGUAAUGAAAUGUAUAGUGCAUC